AUGUUAGGUCUCAAGAAAGCUCUUACAGUUCCUCCUUGUUCUGUAACCAUUUUGUGGCAUCCAUUGGGCUCGGCGCUUGGCUUUCACCAUCAUCAUCAUCAUCAGCUCCUCUCGGCCUGCAUUGGAGGAGGCAAUCGAGCUUAUCAAGAUUCAAGAGUUGCGCCUGCAAGCGACGUCGUUUUGGCAUUUGGGAUCAUGGACGGGCCAAUCCAGAAUGUUAGUAGUGUUGAUUCGUUCUUGAGGAACUACAAGCUCGGGAAGACUCUCGGAAUUGGUUCAUUCGGUAAAGUUAAAGUUGCUGAACAUGCAUUGACUGGGCACAAAGUUGCUGUCAAGAUCCUUAACCGUAAGAAAAUAAAGAAUAUGGACAUGGAAGAGAAAGUUCGAAGAGAAAUCAAAAUUUUGAGAUUGUUCAUGCAUCCUCACAUCAUACGUCUGUACGAGGUUGUGGAGACACAUUCGGACAUAUACGUUGUGAUGGAAUAUGUGAAAUCUGGUGAGUUAUUUGAUCAUAUAGUGGAGAAGGGCAGGUUACAUGAGGAGGAAGCUCGCAUGUUUUUUCAACAGAUCAUAUCUGGAGUGGAAUACUGCCACAGGAAUAUGGUGGUUCAUAGAGAUUUGAAGCCCGAAAACUUACUUUUGGAUUCAAAGCACAAUGUGAAGAUUGCUGAUUUUGGUUUGAGCAAUAUUAUGCGUGAUGGUCAUUUCUUGAAGACAAGUUGUGGAAGCCCCAAUUAUGCUGCUCCAGAGGUUAUAUCUGGUAAAUUAUAUGCUGGCCCUGAAGUGGACGUGUGGAGCUGCGGCGUUAUUCUUUAUGCACUUCUCUGUGGGACCCUCCCGUUUGAUGAUGAAAACAUUCCCAAUCUUUUUAAGAAAAUUAAGGGUGGUAUAUAUACACUCCCAAGUCAUUUAUCAGCUAGUGCAAGAGAUUUAAUUCCCAGAAUGCUUAUAGUUGAUCCAAUGAAAAGGAUGACUAUUCCUGAAGUUCGUGCACACCCCUGGUUCGCAUCUCAUCUCCCUCGGUAUUUAGCCGUGCCACCACCAGAUACAACCCAACAAGCUAAAAAGAUUGAUGAAGAUAUUCUUCAAGAAGUGAUUAAGAUGGGAUUCGACAGGAAUGCCCUAGUUGAAUCUCUUCGGAAUAGGGUUCAGAACGAGGGUACUGUUACGUACUAUCUGCUGCUGGAUAAUCGUUUUCGCGUUUCUAAUGGCUAUCUUGGAUCUGAAUUCCAGGAGACUAUGGAUCUUGGAUUUAACCGCAUGACUCAAAACGAGCCUUUAUUAUCUCCCGGUGGGGCGCGGUUUUCUGGGGUAAUUGAUUAUCAACAAUUUGGAGGAAGGCAGAUUCCAGCGGACCGUAAGUGGGCACUCGGACUUCAGUCCCGAGCCCACCCGCGCGAGAUAAUGACUGAAGUCCUCAAAGCUCUGCAAGAACUGAACGUAUACUGGAAAAAGAUUGGGCACUACAACAUGAAAUGCAAAUGGACUCCUGCAAAUCCUGGUCAGCACGAAGGGUUACUUAAUAACAGUGCUAUGCAUGACAACAAUUUUUUCGGAGGCGAUUCGGUUAUUAUUGAGAAUGAGGCCAAUGUUAGGCCCCAAAGUGUCGUGAAGUUCGAAUUGCAGCUUUACAAGACUCGUGAAGAGAAAUACUUGCUCGAUCUGCAAAGAGUGCAGGGACCACAGUUUCUCUUUCUUGAGCUCUGUGCAGCUUUCCUUGCUCAGCUUCGCGUACUCUGA